AUGGCAACUGAAACAACCACUCAAGCUGCCGAGCAGGCCUUCAUAUCAAUCAAGCCCACACCAACAUGGGUACCGUUGAAGAUUGAAGGGACUGUCCCAGAUCCAUACACUGUGUCCAACUUCAAUCUCCGCGUCACUCCUCUUCAUCCCACCUUUGCUUGCGAGCUUGAAGGUGUGGACUGGACCCAACCCAUUUCACCAGAACUCUACCAGGAAAUUCGCAAAGUUGUUGACAAGUAUGGCGUGGUGGUUUGUCGGCAGACCAAUUUGACCGACGAAGCUCAUAUCAAGUUCUCCAGCUAUUUCGGAGAGCUUGACGACGUUCGUCCUUACCAGAAAGCCGGUCGCGUUCAUCGUUUGCCCUACCCGGAGCUCUUUGAUGCUGGCAACAUCGAUCCACUUACAGGCGAAGUUGCCCCUUUGACAGCUGCACAAGUCAUCGGAAACAAGGCCAAUGAGAUGUUCCACACAGACUCCUCCUUCAAUGGUCGACGUGCAGGCCAUUCGCUAUUGUUAGCGCACAAGAUUCCCCCGCAAGGCACUGGUGGGCACACGGAGUUUGCAGAUUCUCGAACCGCGUACGACGAUCUGCCCGAAGAUAUGAAGAAAAAACUGGAGGGCCUCGUAGCUGCGCAUUCUCUGUUCCAUUCUCGAAAGAAAGCAGUCCCGGAAUAUUUCAAGGACACUGACCCGGAAAAACUGCCCUUGAGUCGACACCGACUUGCCCAACAGCACGAGUGGAGCGGUAGAAUGAAUCUGUACAUUGCUUCAUAUGUCCAUCAUAUCGAGGGAAAGGAUCGAGAAGAAAGUACGGCUCUAAUCGAUGAGCUGCUUGCUCACGUUUCGCAGCCCAAGUACAGGUAUACCGCCGAAUGGGUUCAAAACGGUGACAUGAUCAUUUGGGAUAACACUGCAGUCCUUCAUCGGGCUACUGGUGGCUCGUAUGAAGGGAUAUAUCCUCGAGAUAUGAGACGGACAACUGUGAAAGACAUGGGUAGCACGAGAUUUGGUCUCAAUGGCGAUGGAGCAGACUGGCGGGUCGGCUUGCCAUAG